GCAGCGAUCUGUCACAGCUUUCAGUAGAGUCGCCGCGCUAGCGAGGAAGCCGAAGUACACAAAGCACCAAAGACACCACCGUUGGAGCAGCAGGAUCGUUGGACUACGCCCUGUACCUUCACGCCGACCUACUAGAAGGAGAAAAUAUCCACAGUCCAUUAACCAUGGCGAUGACCCAAUGCUUGGCCUGGUACGCCCUGAUCGUUCUCAUGACAUGUUGUGCCCAUUGUCUGCCUGAGUCCGGUGACGACAGGCGACCGAGAGCGACGGGAAAACCCGCUCUGAUCCGAACGGAGCUGCGAUUCGGGCGCGAUCUUGAUCCCUCGAAGGUGCGGGUGGUGAACGUCAAGACCAGCAAGGGCGACGACGUGGAGAUCCUAGUCGGUAAAAACAGCCGUAAGGCCCGUGCCGAGGAGGCGGCCGGCUCCUUCUUUGUCCGCAGCACAGACGUUAAGCGGCCUGUCAUUACGUCCAAGAGCAACGGUGGUGGUCGCCAGCUGGUCUUCGAGCACAGCCCGGCUUUGCUUAAGCAGAGCGAACUGGCCCAGCAGAUGGAGUCUUACCGGCAGCGCAAGGCUGAUGCGGAGCAACGCCAGGCGAAGCUCAUCCAGCUGCAGCUGUCCAAGGCUCAAAGUAAGGUGGCAGAGUAUCAGGCGGUGCAGGGUGGUUCCCGCCGAGGCCGACAGCUCGUUUCGGAUGUGUCCUGGCAGCCGACAUACACCCAGUUCACGCAGCACCCGCUCAAGAACUUUUCGUUUUCACCUGACUCUCAAUGGCAGUUCGGGGAUACUUUGCCCGGAGUGCCACGCCGCGCUCAGGGAUCUGCUGUUAGCUUCCCGAGCGACAUGGAGUACGCAGCCAGCGAUGUACACGGGUACUUCACGGCCGACAGAGGGACGCGCGCCUAUGCCAGCACUGAUAAUCAGAACUACCGGCCACAGAAUAUAAUCACCAAGCACAACUACAAGGCCCUGCCGCAGCAGUCCAAGUACGUGACCUACAUGCCGCAUUCCGUGGUGGUGGCGGCCAGUACGGGCGUGCAGAUGCCCACAGUGGUAGACAAUCGGCAGUCAGUCCCGUUUGCCGGUUACGGAAGACCCCAGCGCAAUCCGAUUGGCCAGAGCACGCACAGCGUCGUCGAUGGGCCGGCGGUGACGGUAAUCGAGGGCGUUCGGGUGCCGGACAGCGCUGAGGACAAAGUGAAGACCUGGCGCAACGCACGCGUUUUAAACAAUCAGCUGGUGCCAUAUCCCGAGGGCUACAGGCCUCCUCGCGUGCAAAUGCCCAGCUUCGACAGAUAGAUGCGGAUUGUAUUUCCGGGUACUGGGUGCUAAACGUUUAACUGAUAUAUUUAUUGAUUUGUUGUUGUUAAGCUAUUUAUAGAAGUUCGCAUUAAAGUUGUCAAGGAAAGUGCAGAA